AUGGAUCUUGGGCCAAAGGUGAUGGGCCAUCAGUUUUGUGCAGCGCUCUUCCUUCUGACCUUGGCUUCCGCGGAGCUGCGUUUGCCUGGUGCGAGCAAGUCGAAGCAAGUUCGACGCCAAAGCAUAGAGGGCUGCCAAACGAUCCGUUUUGCAGAGCUUUGCGAACUUCCAGAGUUGCCAAGGACCUGCUUUCAGCUCCAGCCAUCGGACGCUCAACGCUGCGAGCUUCGUGGACCUCGCGCUGCGCCGGCGCGGCUGGUGACGGCGGAGAAUGUGACCGGUGUGGCGACCCUGCGCACGCAGGGGGAGCUGCGCAUCACUGGGCACAUCCAAAUGAUCUCGCUCCGCUUCGACGCUGAGACUUUGGUCUUGGACGAUGCCCAAGUGGAAGCCUGGCAUGAAGAUCAUCACGAACUGAUUGACCUGGGCGGCGCAUUUUCGAGCAGAGGGCCAUUCACUUUGACCAAUUCCAACCUGACCGUGUGGAGCACCUCAGCCACGGCGGGUGGCGGCCUGGCGGCCGCUGGGGACCUGACGUUGGCCAAUUCCACCCUUCGAGUGCUGCAUGCUUCAGCGACACAGGGCGGCGGCUUCUACGGUAAAGCAGCAGUGAGGCUUCAGCAGGAUUCUACACUCUUUAUGGAGAACAUGUCAGCCACAUACGGAGCUGGUUUCUACGUGGUGGGAGAUGUUGAUGUUUCAGCUGCGACCUCAAUCAAACGUUCAGGGUUCCAAGUAGCAACGCAGAUGCUGGACAUAGAAGCUCUGACACUACAUGUUUCGUAG